ACAAUUAAAUAUGUACGUACAUGGAAAACCAAAAAUCGUCGACAAGAAUUUUCGCGCGUUCCGUGAGGAAAAAACAACCCGUAACUCUACAGUUCUACUAUCAGAACACGAGAGGUCUCAGAACUAAACUAAGUAAAUUCUUAACAGCCUCAGCGUGCAGUCAACCAGAUGUCUUGUGCAUAACAGAAUCAUGGCUUCAAACGUCAAUAGCGGAUGGUGAAGUUGUCGACAGGUCUUACAAAAUCUUUAGAAAGGAUAGGGAUCCUAUGAUCAGUGGUUUUGAACGUGGAGGUGGAGUCUUCAUUGCAGUAAAGCGUUCCAUUCAUUCUGAGCUAGUUAUCAUAAACGACAACACCCUGGAACAAGUAUUUAUCAAAAUUAAAGAUUCGUUGUCAUAUAUCUGUGACAAACUACCGGAUGCGAGUCUACUGAUCAUAGGUGACUAUAAUCUUCCCAGCAGUAUAUCAAGGACAGAAUGCACCAAAAUAAUCUACGAAAAUCUAUCCAUGCUUGGAUGCCAGCAAUUCAAUAAUGUCCUAAAUAUUCACCACAAAACCCUGGACUUGUGCUUCAGCAAUGCUGGUAUCGUGCUACGUAAAACACCAGCUAUCAUCGAGGAAGACAAACUUCACCCAGCAAUAGAUAUUACCCUUGAGUUUAACACGCAUCUUAGACCAGAAGUAUCAUCAAGUUAUGUAUUCAAGAAAGCAGAUUAUGACAGCUUAAAUAAUUUUUCAUCAGAACUAAUUGGAUCGAUCUCUACAAAAUUGAUUAUAUAG